AUGGAAAAGUUCAAGUUACCAUUUGUUAGAUCUCACAUCCAUCACUCGGCACCACCUCCAGAUAUGUCUGGUGUAGAUGCAAAGCCGGUUUAUUUGCAAGUUGGUAAUUCCCCCAAUAAUGGCUAUGCCCUUUCCAAUGUGGUAGCUGUAUCAUCAGUGGAUUUACCAGACAAUAUCUAUGUUCAGGUGGAUAAACUUUUCAUUUUCACCACUAGGCACUCCAACGAUGUGCCACCAGGUAAAAUAGGGUUUAAUGGUAAUCAGAGAACCUGGGGUGGAUGGUCACUAAACCAAGAAAUUCUUAUACAACCAUUUGAUCUCUUCAAGUAUUCUGGUAAACAAUCCUAUUUGGGGUCAGUGGAUAUAGAAGUUUCAUUUAGAUCCAGAGCAAAAGCCGUGCCAACACCCUUUGAUCAAGAUGAAUUGGCACAGCAUUUUACCAAAUGCUUUGAAUCACAAAUUUUCUCACCAACGCAGUACUUAAUCUUUGAAUUUAAAGGCAAUAUCUUCGAUUUAAAGGUCAGAAGUCUGCAAACUAUAGAUUUAGGGGAUGUUGAACCUUCUACACCUGUGUCAUCAGGAAUUGAGACAAAGGGUAUUCUUACAAAGCAGACUCAAUUGAACUUCUUCAAAGGUAGAGAUGGAUUGGUUAACUUAAAAUCUUCCAAUAAUUUGCGUCCACGCUCUGAUGCUGUUAUUAGACCAGAUUUUAAAUUUGAGGAUUUAGGUGUUGGUGGGUUAGACACGGAAUUUACAAAGAUCUUUAGAAGAGCAUUCGCAAGUAGAAUCUUUCCACCUGCAGUGAUUGAAAAAUUGGGUAUUUCUCAUGUUAAGGGUUUAUUACUGUAUGGUCCUCCAGGUACUGGUAAGACUUUAAUUGCUAGGAAGAUUGGUAAAAUGUUAAAUGCAAAGGAACCUAAGAUUGUCAAUGGUCCUGAAAUUCUGAGUAAAUAUGUGGGUUCGUCAGAAGAAAAUAUUCGUAACCUUUUCAAAGAUGCAGAAGCCGAAUACAGGUCAAAGGGUGAAGAUUCAUCAUUACAUAUCAUUAUCUUUGAUGAGUUGGAUUCUGUAUUUAAGCAAAGAGGUUCGAGAGGUGAUGGUACAGGUGUUGGUGAUAAUGUCGUUAAUCAGUUGUUAGCUAAGAUGGAUGGUGUUGAUCAAUUGAAUAACAUCUUGGUCAUUGGUAUGACUAACCGUAAAGAUUUGAUCGAUAAUGCUCUAUUGCGUCCUGGUAGAUUCGAAGUUCAAGUGGAAAUUCACUUGCCAGAUGAACAGGGUAGAUUGCAAAUUUUAGAUAUUCAGACUAAGAAAAUGAGAGAAAAUAACAUGCUUGAAAAAGAUGUUGAUCUUGCAGAAUUGGCUGCUUUAACGAAGAAUUUCUCCGGUGCUGAAAUUGAAGGUUUGGUCAAAAGUGCAAGUUCAUUUGCCAUUAAUAAGACUAUUAGCAUUGGUAAGGGAAACACUAAAUUAAACCAAAAAGAUAUUUCUAAAUUGACAGUUAACAGGGAAGAUUUCUUAAAAGCUUUACAAGAAGUUACACCAGCGUUUGGUAUCAAUGAAGAAGAUUUGAAAAUGUGUGUGGAAGGUGGCAUGAUAAGAUACUCGGAUUCCGUCGAUGCUAUUUUGAAAAAUGGUGACAGAUAUGUUCGUCAAGUACGUGAAAGUGCCAAAUCAAGAUUGGUCUCUUUAUUGCUCCAUGGUCCACCAGGUUCCGGUAAAACUGCACUAUCGGCCGCCAUCGCUCUAAAAUCUGAAUUCCCCUUUGUGAGAUUGAUUUCUCCAACGGAAAUAUCUGGUAUGUCGGAGGCUUCAAAAAUUGCAUAUAUCGAUAAUACAUUCAGAGAUGCUUACAAGUCACCUUUGAAUAUCCUGGUUAUCGAUUCUAUCGAAACCCUUGUUGAUUGGGUUCCCAUUGGCCCCAGAUUUUCAAACAAUAUUUUACAAGUUCUUAAGGUGGCACUAAAACGUAAACCACCAAAGGAUCGUCGUCUUUUGAUUAUGACUACCACUUCUACGCAUUCGGUUUUACAGCAAAUGGAUAUUUUAAGUUGUUUUGAUCAAGAGAUUGCGGUGCCCAACAUGACUACGCUAGACGAUUUCAAUAACGUUAUGAUAGAAUCGGAUUUCCUCGAUGACCAAGGCAGAGUGAUGGUCAUAAAUGAAUUGGCACAAGUGUGUCCUCGUUUCAAUAUCGGUAUCAAGAAGACUCUAACAAAUAUCGAGACCGCAAGACAUGAUGAGGACCCUGUGAGCGAAAUUAUCGAAUUGAUGGUCAACUCCUCAGGUGUUUGA